GAGCUGAUCCCCAUACACGGCAACUUCUCCCUUGUUUGCUUCGUCUCCACUAGGGUCGCUCAUACUCCUUUUGUUUGACGACUGGUGGGAAAGUGAGUGAAGGCAGCGUAAAGGCAAGUUGAGCUAGCCAUGGUGUUGGUGUGGCUGUAAGCUAAAGCUACUUUUGUCGAUCAAGAUCGAAGAUUGUUUCUUUUUUCACUGGUAUGUGUUGCUAACAUCGAUGUUAGCAAUUAGCCUGUUCUUGUAAAUGCUAUUCACUAGAAUGGACCUGUUGAACUCUCAGUUCCUGGACAAGAUGAACAAUAACAUCGGGAGACUGCACUACGACGAUGAUUCCAGGACGUCCUCCCUGCCCAGUGCUAUGUCCAGCAUUACUGGACCUCUUCCACACUGUCCAAGCAAACGGAAAUAUGGUGAAGAACAAAUGGAUGACCGACCCAACUGUGAUGAUGACCACAUGACGAAAAUGAGCAGAUUGUUUGCCACUCAACUGGCUCGUCCCUCUGCUGGAGACAUCCCUAAUGAGCACUGGAGUCACAGCCCUGUGGAGCACAUCACUUCCUUCACUAAUGGUCUCCAUGGGAACCACCUGUACACUUCCAUUUCCGGCUAUCCUCUAGACCAACCUCUGCCUCUUACCAAAAGCAGCCACAUCGUUGGAGACGGGGGCAGAGAGAGGUCUGUCAUGGGUGGGCCUGUAGAACGGCAGCAGAAUCGCCCCUCAGUUAUUACCUGUGCUCCAGCAAACAACCGCAAUUGUAACCUCUCCCACUGCCACAUGAAUGGUUGCUCUCCCAGCCCACCUGCUGAUCAGAGGAAGACCAAUGCCAACACCGUGUGUGAUCCUGUGAUUGAGGAGCACUUCCGUCGCAGCCUUGGAAAAAACUACAAAGAAGCAGAGCCUGUUUCCGACUCGGUGUCUGUCACAGGUUCAGUGGAUGACCACUUUGCCAAGGCUCUGGGAGAGGCCUGGCUCCAACUCAAGGCCAAGGGUGGAGGUCAUCAGACCCCAGAGGCAGAUCUGUGACGCAGAGGGGAGUAAACAUUGCAGUCACUUCCUUAGUGUUUGUAUAUGAGAGUGGAGAUUGCCCGCUGUCAUUUCUUGCCAUGCAUCAACUUCCUUUAGCCAAGAACAUGUAAGACAAACAGUAUGGUGCUCACCUUAGCUGUUCCCUUGAGGACAUUGAGGUCAGCUGUUUAUUGGAACACUCACCUCAGAUUUUUGCUCUUAAAAUUGGAAAGUCUUUCAUUUAAAGAACAGAAAAUAAAUACUGUGUAGUUGAACUGACAAUGUUGGAAACUGUACAAUCAUAGAUUUUAUUUUGCGUUGGUGAUGGGAGUCACAGAGUGGUCGGUUUUAGGAGCUCAUGUUCUGUUUUACUUGCCUUGAUAACCAAAGAGAUUUCCUACAUUUUCCAUUGACAUAUAAACCAUACAUCUGGUCUUUAUUUUCAUACUAAAAUCACCAGCUUUUGAAUAUAUUACUUGAAAAGGACAGCCUGGUCUCAUUUGCACUAUUACAUUUCUGACUGUUGAGGUAGCAGGUUACCUGUUCAGUUGGAACUAAUGUGUUCAAGAAUGCAUCUUGUAUUUUGAAAUUGUGAUAAUGCAAUUAAGGCUCUGGCUCCACUGCUCUCUAAAGACACUAGACUUAUCUGCCAUCUUAAUGAUCCUGAACUGGAUUUAUCCACUGAUAACUAAGUAAUUGUAAUUUCUUGUCUUUAUGCUCACUGUGGCUGAUUACUUAGUGAACUAAUAUCAAUCAUAGUAGAGGUCUCUAACUAGAAAGCAUGUUUCAAAUAGCUGGUUUCUAUUACAAACCUUAUUCUAUGCUAUAUAUUUACUCAGAAUUUAUUUUUUAUCUAACAUUUUAGAAAUACUCACUGCUGGCACAGUUGUACUCAAUAUAUUUUUUUGUAUCUGGUUUUCAUUACUAUAUGUAGGUGUAUGUCUUAGUAACCAUCUACAAUCACAGCCUCUGGCUAGGUUGUCUGAAUGCAGUUUAAUAGGCUACAUUGGUUUGUUAUUCUGUGGAGCUGGAUGCUGGAGCUUUAUAGGACUACAGCUAAAUCUGAUAUUUUGUAGUGCAGUUGCUUUAUUUAUUCUCUGUUUGCUGGUAGUUUCAUCUUGACUUUUAGAAAAACAUAGUUGACUAGAGAAUUCUAGCUUAGUUUCUUUCUAAUAAAAAGCAGAGGAUGUCUCCGUAUCUUCAAUGACAAAGCAGUUGAUUUUCCUUAAAACUAAGAUUUGAAUUCACAUGCGAUAUAGGUGUCCUUGGUUGAGCAAGCAUUCCACCAUAACUGCCUGUCACUUCAGUUUUUUUUUUU